CUCUUCUGGGCAUAAAGGAGAAUUCAUCUGAAACCUUCUGCUUAUACAAAGAGCUUCUUCUACACAGACCUGGAUUCAUAGCCAAGGUAUGGACCAUGUAUAUAUAUAUAUAUAUAUAUAUAUAUAUAUAUAUAUUAAUGUUUGCUUUGGGGAUUUUACCACAUUUAUGUGUAUAUAUCUGGACCCAUUCUAUUAAUGUGGAACAGUUACUUUGGGGUAAUUUUUCUGUACUAGCAAAGAGUUGCAUGAAGAUUCUGUUUAGUGUCUGCCUCUAACCAUGCCAUACCCUUAAAUAAAUCUUACCUUUUCUAUGUAUAAAGUAAAAAUAUGUUCCUGUAUUAUUUGAAUGAAUUGAGGCAAACAAUAUGUAUCAGAAUGAUGCCAUGCAAUUAAAAUAGUCAUGUAAUUCAAUAUAACUACAUCCCUAAACAUUAAAAGACAGUUUACUAAAUUACCCACCCUAUUAUUGGAUCCCAUGUAACCAGAGAACCAUUGUCUCCCACUGAAAUGAGAAACUCUGUGUUGCACCCUCUCAGCCAUUAUCUAUCACGGUAAUAUGUUGUAUUUCUGUUUAUGAAGCACCAACAUAGUCUGUAGCGUUGAUAUAACAAUUCAUGGAUUGAUGCAAUAAAAACAGUACACCUUUGAUACUAUAGAAGCUUGGUGCUUUAUUAAUGGACAACAAUUUACAGAUCAGUGUAUAUGUAAGUAGAUAAUGUGAUCUAGGAAAUAAAAUAUCUUUUUAUGAACAAUUUUAAACUUUGCUGUAGCCCUUCUAGGGAGAGAUUCCCUCAUACAAUUGUGUUCAUGAUGAAUAUUGAAUCUCCUCUUCUAUGUACCUAGUGCUCCAUACAUUCUAUAUUGGAUUCUUGUUGUCAGACAUACUAUGAGGAAAUAUGUAAUGAUAUACAGUACUCUGAUUUAGGGUUUUAAAUAAAGAAUAAUUCUCAGCUCACAAAGUGGAGCAGUCCCCAUGUAAACCAAUGCACGCUGGUUGCUCCAAUAUUGGAACUUAGAGAUUUUAUCUUCAUUUGAUUCCAUCCUACGACUGGUAGUAUUCUUCGCUUCCUUUUUUAAAUCUUUGCUUUUCUUUUUUAAAUCUUUGUAAGGUUCCUCUGUUACAUUAUUGGAAUGCAGUUAUAAAUUGAUCAGAGUGUGUAAUGUUUUUUUUUCCCACAUUACAGAAACAAAAGCACUUUAAUAUACGAAAUCUAGAUUUUGGGCAAAUAUCUUGUCAUGUAUUUAGAUGUAAAAAUAUAAACAAUAAAUUAGCGGUACAAGAGCUAUACAAUCACUUGGAUAAACUAUCCCUUUGGGUCCCUUGUGUUUGUUAUUGCAAUGAAAUAUGAGACUUUCACAAACCAUGCACGCAAUGCUGAGCCCUUUCUAACUGCUGGAGCCCAAUGCUGCGCAUGAUCCGCACUAUCACACACCUCAUGGGGGCCAAAUUUAGGGUCAUUUCUAUGUACAAGGCAGGAUUAACCCUUUACAUAUAUGGUGAAAACUAACAUGUUUUGUUGUGUGUUGAUAUAGAUAUAUAUUUAAUAUUAUUACUCUUGUGCAUCACCUGCCCAUCUUAAGUUGAACUUUGGAAAGUCCUCCUCGGGCACAAAAAUUUGAGAAAUCAUCUCUCCACAACUGUCCCAGAGUUCUCAGCUUGAAAUGCAAAUGAGCUCAGACAGACACUGUCCUUCAGACUUCACUCUGUAUUACUGCAGGUAUCCUUAGCAAUGGACACGGUUUUAAACACAGGUUAUUUUAUACGGUUCAUUUGUGAUCCAGAAGCCAGCCGUGGACUGGGUCUCAUCAGCAUGGCGCCAUCUGGUUCCGGUCUAGAAGUUAUACGCCUUAAAAACACAUAGCUAGGUGCAAACCUACACUAUGGGGAGUUUCAUUGAGUUUCGUCUCACCAUAAACAUUUGGCAGGACAUACUGGAAAACAAGAGAAAUCUCAAUGUAUCUUUCCUGGUAAAAUAUUUUAUAAAUAAAAAUGUCACAGAAUGUAGAAUUUUUUUUAUUUUUUUUUAAACCACCUAACCUGAGCAAUGGCAAAAAUAAUUGGGGUUUAGUUACAAUAUAUGAUCAUACAAUGCAUAAGGGGGCCACAAUGUCACUAUACCUGGUUCUUAUGAUCAUAUACUGUUACUAAACCCCAAUUAUUUUUGCAAUUUCUUUGUCUUUGUUAGGUGCUUUUAAAAAAUAAAAUUAUAUUCUGUGCGCUUUGAAACUGCUGUUCAGUGUGUGAUUAUUAUUAUUAUUAAUAAUAUUUAUGUAUAUAGCGCCAACAAAUUCCGCAGCGCUUUACAGUGGGUGGACAAACAAACAUGUAUUUUAUUUAUUUUUUUUAAAUUUUUUUUUUUUAAAUUGGGGGGGGUUAUAUUACUGAUUCAUGAUAUUUUUUACAAGUCCUACCCUAUAACUAAGGAGACACAUUCUCUAUAUAAAAUAACUUAUAUAUAUUUUACGUUAAUUAGAUACUAGUUGACAUGCCCAGGCCCUCGCAGUAUUUUGUAACUGACACCCAGUUCUUAGAUUACGUGUGAAAGCAUACAUGCGGUGUUGAGCUACCUGCACAUUUCUAGUCUUCACACUUUCACAGAGAUAAGCGUGUUCCUCUAUAAUAAUUGACAGCUUGCAUAAAAUCAGGAAAAGUCCAAUACUGAGUCAUUGUGUGUCAAUGAGUAUUCCUAGCACCUGGCUUGCACCCUGACUCCCACUAUGUGUUUAAUACUCUCUAGCACGCGUUAAUUGUCACUGAAGAAACUAUUGCUCAUUGCUUAAGGGUCCAAAAAAAGUAUUGGCAUUAGUUGAUUCUUUGUGCAUUUGAAGGCAGUGUGUAAAAAAAACAAACAAAAAAAAAAUGUUGAUAAAAUAAGUUGUCUAUAAGUUACAGUGACGAGCCAUCAAAGACAAACUGGACUAUUAGUACAGAGAGGGCUGGGUCUGGGCAUUAAUAGUAAUUGUAAUAUUUCACUCUUUAAAGUAGGAACAGAGCAUCUCAAACAAGCAUUAACAAGUCUUACAGUAAAUUGUGAUCUUACAAAGCAUCCGUUAUACGAAUAAAAUUACUAAAUGUACAUAAACACUCAGAUUGCACAACCUGUUUAUGUUCUUAACUUACUUGGAUAUAUGUGAACUGUAUAUUCAUGUUAUCUGAGCUCAGAGUAAAAACUCAAUAAAAAUAUAAUAAAUAAAAAAAAGUACAUAAACAUUCUCAAAUGAAGGCCUAUCUAUUGCAUGCAGUGGGAUCAUGAUACACAGAGCCUUUCGGGGUCUGCAUGUCUUCCUUUUUGUAUAUUCUUAGGCCGUUGUACACACCUAAAAAUAAAGGAUAGGAAAGGGGUAUUUGUUUGAAUUAAAGGUUGGUAUUAAAAAUACUUGGUAGGGAAAUAUGUUAAUGAUAUGGAGAGGUUGGAGUAACAAUGGUCAGAGGCUUAGACGAAUAUUAUUGGCAUUUAUUCAGCGCCAACAUAUUCCGUAGCGCUUUAUAAUAUUAUAAAGGGGGAAAUUAAACACUAAAUAGGAUAAUUAGAAAAUGUUACAGGAACAAGAUGUUGAUGAGGGCCCUGCUCGAAAGAGCUUACAAUCUAGAGGAUUAACAGGAAUGUUUCAGUGGAAACAAACCUUACUCUGUGAUAUACUAGUGUCAUCCAGCAAACUGGGAAUUGGCAAGAUAAUUGCACAUAAAUAUGAUUGUACAGUGUGGUCAGAGAAACUGAUAUGUAAAGGGAGGUAGCGUUAUUCACUAAAGUGUGAAUUGUCUAGGAUUCAAAGUGAAUUUUCUGGCCAAAAUAACCAAAACUGAAAUCGCUGACUUUGAGAAUAUUUUCCAAUUCAACUAUCAGUGAAUUCACUACUUAAGUCGAUUACCCUGAGAAUGACUGCUGCGAUUCACGUGAACACAUGCUGCCUGCUUCUAUUGCUAUGGAAUAUAAUUUGCAGGACAUUAGAUAGUAUUUACCUAAUGACAGUCAUAAAAGUAUAAACAUAUAAUGUCAUUCGCUGUUUAUCAUCUUCCAUGGACGGAUGUGCAAUAAAGCACUUCCAUAAGUAACGUUAGCUUGCUAACAUCAUACUCAAUUGUCAGUAUAUAAAAUGUAUUAAAAAAGGCUGUCAUUCAGUUUAAUUUUUACAGAUGCCAAAAUUAAAGGGUUGCCACAUUACCACUUCAUACAGAGUCGACCCCUCUGCUGCCAGAGGUGUAACUACACCAGCAGCUGCAUUAUUGGGGCGUUGUUAAACCAGCCCGGAACAAGAGUUCUAGGUGGCCAACGUGAAUUCUGUGCAAUAUUGGUGUCUGACACCAGCUCCAGCCAGCCAAUGGCAGCCUUCUCCCUGCUGUGCCUCCUGUUUUCUGCACUCUGCCCUGUUCUUCCUCCUGACCUCAGUGAGAUUUGGCUGCAGGAAAAACCUGCCCCCCCUGAGGAUAAAAUCUCCUGUUGGUUUAUUUCCAUAUACUGCUAUAUAAAAAGAAUAGAUUUGACAUUAAAAUGAAUUUAUUGGAGGUGACCACUUUCAUAAGCCAGUACUUUGUUUAAAAUGUGCCGUUUCUCAUUUUUGUGAUUGGAUUCUGUCGGGUAUACUGUUAUUCAUUAUUCAUGUUUCGUGCCUGCAAUUAUGUACUUUAACAUGGCUGUCUAAAAAUAAAGAAUUUAAAAUAAUUUUAUAAAUCUGCCGUUCCUUUCCCUAAUUUUCACUUUCUCUCAUUUUAGGCAAAUAUGGCUAAUUUGAUCAAUUCCAUUUCUGGAAUUACAGGCAUGUUGUCUGCCACAGAGUUACUUGUUGCAUUUGUGGCAUUUACUGUCAUGUUCCUAAUCCUGAAAUCUUACAGACAGAAGAUCCCAAAAGGAACAAAGAAAAUGCCAGGUCCAAUUCCUUUGCCGAUUAUCGGCAACCUACUGCAACUGAGCAAAAAUCCCCAUUUAAGCCUGACCAAAAUGAGUGAAACGUAUGGAGAUGUUUUCCAAAUCCACAUUGGCACAAAGCCUGUGCUGGUGCUUAAUGGACUCGAAACCAUCAAGCAAGCCUUACUGAAGCAGGGUGAUGUGUUUGCUGGGCGCCCAGACCUCUUUACCUUUCGCUUGGUUGCUGACGGCCAGAGUUUGACAUUUAGUAGCGAUUCUGGAGAAGUAUGGAGAGCCCGUCGACGGUUGGCCACUAACGCCCUCAAAACGUUUGCCACCUCUGCAUCCAUGACCUCUAGCACAACUCUAUUGGAAGAACAUGUUUCCAAAGAAUGUCACUAUCUUCUCAGUAAGUUCCACCAAAUCAUAGAGGAGAAAGGAGAGUUUGACCCCUACAGAUACGUAGUUGUCUCUGUAGCCAAUGUCAUCUGUGCCUUGUGCUUCGGAAGCCGCUAUGACCAUGACGAUGAAGAGUUUCUGAAUUUGGUGAACCUAACGGAUGAGUUUGGAGCAGCUGCUGCUUCAGGAAACCCAGCUGACUUCAUCCCCAUAUUGCAGUAUCUUCCAAGUCGCAGCAUGAAGGCCUUUGUGGAUAUCAACAAAAGAUUUUUGGCCUUCAUAAAUAAAAGUGUCAAGGAGCACUAUAAAACAUUUGAUAAGGUGAGAAUUAGAUAUGCGAAUGCAUUUAAAUUGUGGGUUUCUACUCUGGAACAUGGGUUUUCUCCAUAAGGUUCCAUCCUAAGUAGAUGAAUCUAGAAUACCAAUGUAAAUCAAAAGAUUGAUGUGAGAGUCCCCUAUGCAUAUGAAUUUUGUUAUAAAUAUUGUCCUAGAGAUUUAUAGGUCGUAUGCAAAGGAGAUUUAUGAGUUCUAAUUAGACACUUCAUCAAAUAUGUCCUUUUCCGUUCUAAAACAGAAUUGCAUCCGUGAUAUUACCGACUCUCUGAUCCAGCACUCUCAAGAAAAGAAGGUCGAUGAAAAUUCCAACGUGAAAAUAACCGAUCAGAAAAUAGUGAACAUUGUUAAUGAUCUCUUUGGAGCUGGUGAGUGAAAAUAAGAGAGCUUGUCUUUAUUAUCACUGACUAGAUAUCUUUUUAACUUGAAAAUUAUUAGAAAACAUAGAAUUAUUAGAAAACAUCUAACGUCGGCACUAUAAAGUUGACAAUUUAGAAAAAAGAGGGAUACAGGUAUGGGGGUCACCUACAAUAGAAUAUGCAGUCUGAACCUCACCUUCAAUUAAAAAUGUCGCCUGUUUUGUGCCUAUUUGAUGUACUACUGCACAGAGAUAUUUCUUUAUAUUUAUAACUUGUUUUAAUUGGCUAAUUACAUAAUAGUAAAUUAUUGCAAACAAAUUAUAUUUCUCUCCUCUUUUUCGGAGUGUAAUUUACAAUACACACUCUGCACAAUCCACAUGCUUUUGUUUUCAGAUGCAGGUGAGGCUUAGAGAACAUACUAAGCUGGUUUCUCUUACUGUCGCCUUAAUCUUACUUAUUGCUAAAUGAAUACUUCAGCACUGGAGCACAUACCCAUAUUGUGCAAAGUUGGUAAUAAAAAUAUAAAAGUAGUUAUGACCAACUUAGACAUACAGGAACAAGAGGUGACAAAGACCUGCUAAAACAAGCUUAGUCUAACAUAAAUAUGCCAUACAUGUGGUUGGCAAAAAGAUUCUGAAGCUGAAAGGCAGUCAAGGUUGGAGAAGACUACAUUCAUCAGUUUCACCAGACAACUUACCUUUUGGCAGCUUAAAGGUGCAACACGCACCUAUGGCCUACAAUCUACUUUCCAGAGGACAAAUUCAAGCAUGGGAGUUAUCUCCAGACAAAUACCCUUAUAUUCCAUAAUUUAACUAAAACCGUAAAGGAUCGUCCUAUAUUUAAUGCAUAUUCAGAUUAUAUUGCCUUCCCUACCCCCUGCUUUUUUUUUAUUGAUAGUGAAAAACAAAUGUUUAAAUUGGAUUAGAACCCUUUUUUUACAAGUCUUUUAUACCGAAUCCUGCACCAUCUAUGAAUCACUUAGCUAAUCUAAAUAAAUAAACUAAGUUAUCGUAAAAUACUUAUGUCUCAAUGUUUUUUUUUUUUUCAGGAUUUGACACAAUUACAACGGCCGUGUCUUGGAGUCUCUUAUACCUUGUAGCCCAUCCAGAAAUACAGGAAAAGAUUCAGAAAGAAUUAGGUAAUGUAUGAGAUUAUAACAUGGUUAUUCACUAAAUCACCAGAAAAUUGCAGAUUUUACCACGAAAUGUCAAUUUUGAACAAUCCUGCAACUUUGCCAUAUUCUCAAAAUUCUACAAAGAUUUGCCCAGCUGUAAGUAAUAAGGGGGGCGGGGGGGAGAGACAACAUUUUUCCACCAUAAAAAUUGCACAGGGGUAACACUUGGGCAAUAAGUUCCUGAUAUAUUUUUAUUCCCCCCUCCCCCACCCCUUUACUAGUGCAUGAAUAGGCUUUGCUGACAGUGUCCUCCCAUUUAUUUAUGCUUAUUUGGGCUUUUUUUUAAAAAACACAAACACAUUCUAGACAUUUUAAAAUGUAAAAAUUAGAUGUUUGGCAACAAUGAUAUAAUAUUUUCUGUAUCUAUCAUUUUGUCUAUUACUAACAGAUCAAGUCAUUGGCAGAGAGAGGAGACCAACGUUAUCAGACAGAGGUCAGCUGCCUUACACUGAAGCUUUCAUUUUGGAAAUGUUCCGUCAUUCGUCCUAUCUGCCCUUCACCAUUCCUCACUGGUAAGCAAUGAAUGACAGUCUAGUUUGUAGAUGUGGACUUGCAGUAUUAUCACAAAGACACUGUGCUUUGCAGGUCCUUGCUGGACUUGACCAUGCUGUCCACGUUUGAUAUAGAAUAAAAUAUUGGUCAUCGCCUAUGUAAAGUAACAGUGUUACUAGGACAUCGUAAGCACUAACAAGUCUAUACAUGGUAUUGAGCCAAUACAAGAUAUGACAGUGUUUAAACUAGGAUAAAAUAACAUCAUCUCCUGGUACUGACACAGGCAUUUCUUGACGGGUUUGAAGACAACACUUGCUUUUCCAUAUAAUAUUGAUCAGGAUGCCAACAAAGGAGUGUAAUGCAGGGGUGCCCAAAAUGUAUCUUCCCCUACAGCUUCCAUGAUGCUUUAUCAUUCUAAAGGCAUGCAAAGCAUCCUGGGAGUUGUAGUUCUUUAACAUCUGGGGGUCUACCCUUUUAUGCAAGCCUGGUAUAAUGUAUCUAUAGCGUUGGAGCACUCACAUAUCCUAAUACAAAAGAAGGGGGAUUAUUCGAAUGUGCGUGGUCUCAAGCAAACUGUCGAUUAGAAAUUUACUUGUGCUGAAAUAAAGUGUAAAUUAUUUCUAUGUUGUGUUGUAGCACCACUGAAGACACUGUACUGAAUGGCUACUUCAUACCUAAAGGAAUAUGUGUUCUGGUGAACCAGUGGCAAGUUAAUCAUAAUCCGUAAGUAUUCUCUAAAGACACCGCUGUGGGUUUUUAAUGCUCAGGAUGCACUGGGAUUGUAUGGCUUCUUGUAGAGGCUCCAACAAUUGGAGUAUUUAGACAAUCCUGAUCAUGCAAAUUGUUAAUAUCUGCAAAUCACCUGAAAAAGACGUAUCUUAGCUUGGUUAUAGGGAUGUGUUCCAUAGGCUUCUCCUUUAAUUAGGUGUUUCUUAGAUAUCACUUGUGUUUCCAAUGCCAAUGGGUGGAAAAUGACUAGUAAGCUAAACCAUCAAAAGAACACUCCAAGCACCAUAACCACGUCAGUGCAUUCAGUGGUUAUGGUGCCAGCAGAGCCCGGGCACUGGUCAAAUGGUAUGACUAGUAACAUGGGGGGCACUAGGGCAAUUCUGGCAGCACCAUAACCACUAUAGCGGUUAUGAUUCUUGCUGUUUGUCUUUAAAAUAUUACAUAUAGUAUUGUAUCUGGGGUAGGCCUCCUAUUUUAAUGCAGAAUGUAUACUCUUGGCUUUAAUUUUAUUCCCCUUGGGUCAAAAGUCUACUUUUAGUAAUAGCAAUGUGAUUUCUUUGGAGCAUUCUGCAAGGUCGGAAGAGUAAAACAUGAGAUUUAACAAUGUGAAUCAUAUAUAUAUUUUUUUUUUUAAAUCAGGGAAAUAUGGAAAGACCCAUUCCUCUUCAAUCCAGAUCGCUUUCUGAGUGCAGAUGGCACUACAUUGAACAAAAAUAAUAUAGACAAUGUCCUAGUUUUCGGACUGGGCAAGAGAAGAUGCCUUGGUGAGGCCAUCGGAAGAAUGGAGGUCUUCCUCUUCCUCACAACUCUGCUUCAGCAGAUGCAGUUCUCUAAGCUGGACGGAGAUAAACUGGACAUGUCACCUCAGUAUGGUCUGACCAUGAAGCACAAACGGUGCCACAUUACAGCCAAACUGCGCUUUCCUCUGUUGAGUUCAGAGUAAUUCAUGCAUAUCCCUGGGCAACAGCCCCAUUUGUGAAUACCAGAAGGGACUCCUAUUGGACACACUUAAAUGGACAAUAGGUUGGAUUUAAAGUCCCAUCCUCAGAUGCCAGUGAACUGUAUUCUGUAGGUGGUAAACUAAUGCUUAGUUUAAACAUGAGUUUUGACAAUACUUUGACAGAUCAUAUAUAAGCUCUGUGCAUGUGUCCUAUUAACCAACAGAAAAUCCCUUUAUAUUAUGGAAAGGGAAUAAUUUGCUAAACAAUGCUGUUUUUGUUAAUUGUCACAUGUGAAGGAAGCUGUUCUAGCUAUAAACGAAGCUGCUUUAAUUUUAUAUUUUUAUGGAUAGAUGUGUUUAUUAUGCAAACUUAGUCCAUUUGUUCAUAAUCAAGCAAUAUGAUUGCCUGUGAUCCAUUACUUGUGGAGGAAUCCAGAAUCUGUAUAUUACUUAACUAAUGCACCUUUAUUUUUUUCUGAGUUGGCAAGCAAAGAUUUUGCUGAAAUGUGCAUCUUAGAACCAUUGCACAUCCCAAACCAUUCCUGACUGUUCCAGUAAUACUGUCUGAUGUAACCUUUGUACCCACCAAUUAUGCUGGAAUUUUUGGUUUAAUAACACUAGCCUUUGGAUACAAUGUUUAGCAUGUAAAUUGAUGCACAGAAGGGUAAUAUAUGCAAAGGGAAAUAAAUAAGGCAAUAUUAGUAAGCAUGACGAAUUGAGGGAAAAUGAUCUAAAGGGAUUUGCCUAAACCCCGGUCCCCGGUAAAGCAUUACUACUGGGGCAGCAUCGGGGAGAUCGUCAGAUGCUCAACUGCGCUGUAAGGUUGGCAAAGCUCCAAGGGAGAUGUAGUUCUAAAAUAUCUGCAGAGAUACAUUUGGCCACAUCUGGGUUACAAAGACAAAGCAGGGGAGGUUUAUCAAAGUAUUCUCUUUAAAAAAGUGUGUUGCAAAAAAGGAGAAGAAUCAUCAAUUUCCACUAGUUUUCAUUAUCUUUGCCCCCUCUUUUUAGUACUUUAGACCAAUUUUUAGAAGAGAACACUUUGAUAAAUCCCCCUCCAGUAUGACUUUAAUAUUGUAUAAAGCAAUAGAACAAUCUGAAUCAAAGAACACCUCUGCCUUUUGGACUGGCUUUGAGAUUUAAAAACAUUUUACUGCUCUUUGGCCUGAACUUGGCUAUGAACUUCCAUUUUAAGCUAGAUAAUUUGUAAUAUUGUUUGUGAAUGAAAUGCAUAUUUUUGUAAUGACCAGCAUAAAAUACUUUGAAGUAUACCUGUAUGAAGCUAUAAUCUCUGUGAGAUAUUAAACAAUUAAUGAUGAUCUACU